CUCCCGAACCUCACGACAUCGUGCCAUAACCACUCUCCCCUCCCAUCCAAACCUCGCUUCGUGCUUCCAACCGCCAAAAUGUUCCGCACUGCGCCUCGCAUGGCCGGUUUCGUGUUCCGCGAGAACCGUGUCCCCUACUACCAGCGUCUGUUCCAGAACCACGACGGCAAGCGUCAAUGGUGGAAGACCUCCCGUAGCGGUUACAUCAUGUACCCCUACCUCAUCUCCGUCUACGGCCUCGGUGCUGCCACCACCUACGCCAUGUGCCGCAUGGUCUUCGGCAAGAAGACCUGGUUCGGUGACAAAUAAAUGACACCAAAUCUCCUUUCGAUUUGGUUGCUUGUAGUUGAAGAUGCAAUGAUGGGAUUGACACAAUAUUGGCGGUGUAUUUCUAUACCGGUGGUGGAUUAGAUGGACUUUGCGGGGCACACUGAAGAUUUGGGGC